AUGUCACCGUAUGUGUUGAUGUUUUGGAAGGCUUGUCAUUUACCAUUGGAAUUAGAGCAUAAGGCGUUGUGGGCAGUGAAGAAGCUUAACUUUGAUCUGAAUGCUACAGGGGAGGAGAGAAAACUUCAGUUACUCAAGCUGGAAGAAUGGAGACCACAAGUGUAUGAAAAUGCCAAAAUCUACAAAGAACGUACAAAGCGUUGGCAUGAUAAGCGACUGUGUAAAAAGAAUCUUCAAACAGAUUUUGAUUUUGAAUUGGAAUUUACCAAAUCAGGCUCAUUGCAAUUUGAUGGGGGCUGGUCCUAUGUCAUACUGAGGAAUCAAUGUAAUGGCUUGGUGUUUAUUUCCAAAAAUACUUUUUACUGUAAAUGCGAUGGCAUAUUCAACCCCAUGACUAAUGAGUUCAUCCAGGUUCCUGAGUUUUAUGAUGAUAUUUAUGACUUCGGAUUUGGUUUCAGCCCUACUACCAAACAAUACAAACUAUUUAGAGUUGCUGACUCAAUUGCUUACUCAGAAAGCUCUAGGACCAUUGUCCCUAACACCCAAGAAUCUAAGUCCAUAAUGGAUGUUUUGACUUUUGGUAGAAGUGGAACUAACCCUAAUCCUUAUCAAUGGAGGCAUCUUCACACCCUUUCUUUUGAAACAGAAAAGGUUUGUAAUGGUGCUUACUUGAAUGGAGUCAUCUACUGGUUGGUAAGAGAAAAAGGAAAAGAUAAUAAAUUAAUGUAUGUUAUAUAUGCUCUUGAUGUUGAAACUGAACAAAUUGAAUUAAGUGCUGUCUUGCAAGAAGUAAUUGACGUGGAGGUAGGGCGUGGCAGGCUAUAUCAAUUUAAUGGUACCAUUUAUGCAACUUUCCACAUUAACUGGGCAACCGUUAGUAAGACCUUUCAAGUUUGGAGGAUGCGAGAGAAUGAAUCAUGGAUUAGAGUAUUUGUUAUUGAUGAUAUACCAAAUGAUUGGAAGUGGCUUGAGCUUAUCAAAACAUUUGAAGAUGGAGAGAUAUUAUGUAAGGGUAGAGAUGCACUGGCGAUGGACAAACGGAAUUUGUGA